GUUUACAUCAUUAUUCCAGAAAGAUCCACAGCUGGCUCGUCUGCCAGGGGCCGUCGGUGUCGCUCUAUUUAAGUGCGCAGGCAUAAGAGCCAGCAGUUUUCUGAGUGCUGCUAAGACCCAGACACAAAAUGGACAUCGCCAUCCAUCAUCCAUGGUUCCGUCGCUCCUUCUGGCCAUCCUUUUUAUCCAACCGAGUCUUUGACCAGCACUUUGGGGAGCCCGUCUCUGAGACCGAUGUGAUUCCCUCACUGUACUACCCACGACCUUUCUUUCAGCGCUGGCCAAGCUGGGUGAGCGGUGGCCUUUCUGAGAUGACUAUGGAAAAAGAUCGAUUCAUUCUACAUCUGGAUGUCAAACACUUUUCACCAGAUGAGCUGUCAGUGAAAGUCAAUGGAGAUUUCAUUGAAAUUCACGCUAAACAUGAGGAUCGUCAGGACGAUCACGGUUUUGUCUCCCGGGAAUUUUUAAGAAAAUACCGUGUCCCUGCUGGUGUGGAUCCAGCCUCUAUCACUUCUUCCGUGUCUUCAGAUGGCGUUCUGACGGUGACAGCCCCACGCAAGCACUCGGACGGCCCGGAGCGCACCAUUCCUAUCACCCGUGAUGACAAGCCCACCCUGGCUGGGCCUCAGAAGAAGUAAAGCUGCUAGACUUCCAUGUUAUGUCCCUUGUCUUCCCCUGUCCCAUUGUGCUCCUGCUAAAUUACAAGGGAAUAACUUACUGACAGGCCAAAAUGGUUAUGUUGACUUUGCUAAGGCUGCAAGAGAAACAAACAGAUAUUAGGCUGAAAAUCCAUCAACAUCAAAACUGUAAACAGUCUCAAAAUGAUAAACGAUUUUCAGAGAAGUACAGUUUUACAAUAAAGUAUUGUUUGCUGCUGACGCCACAAAGAGGCUUUUGUAUAUUAUCUUGCAGGCUUGACUGCAAGACAAAGUGUUUGAGAGUAGGAGGAGCAUUUGUCAUUGGAAUUUUUGGAUUGGAACAAAGACAAACAGGCAAUAAUAGGUCAUUGUGUUAAACUGAGAUGACAAAAAAAAAAAAUCAUUAUGUGUGAUUCACUGCACACCUAUUUAAAAGGGUGAAAAAAAUUAAUCUGUUCAAUCAAUGUACGUUAAAAUUAUUUGUUACAUCCAGAUAUCAUAAUUGUUUUGUUGUUGUUUGAAGUAAAGUUUAUUUUUGAGUUAAUAAUGGAUUCAGGACCAGAGUAUACACAUAAAGGCUAAUUGGAGCCCGAUCUCAUGAAAGUUCGUAUCUAUAGCACGAAUGUCAUUUCUCGUGGCAUUUAUACGUCAAAAACAGUUUUUGCCUGUAUAUGGGACGCGUUUUUCACGUGCAUAUGAUACGCACUUUUUGGCGUAUAAUACGCACGAAAUCCCCACCCCCCUCCCCACUAUACCCCAGGG